CACAACUAACAAACUAUUAUCAAGCACCGUUCUUAAAUAUGACGGUAAGUUAAUUUCCACAUCUGAAACUAAAGAAGAAUGAUGUUACUGGUUUUACAAGAGUGAUUUGAGUACGUAUACAAAAUAUUCGAUAAAUAUAGUGCUUAUGAAAACAAAAGUGCUUUUAUUAAGAUUGUAUGUGUCUUUGUAUGAACUUUGACAUUCUGUAAAAUAGAAAAUAAUUAUCACAAUGGGAUUUUUUUUAUUUGACUUCGUAACCGAAUAUUUUAAUAUCCUUGCUGGUUUAUCGUUUUUGCUUGUAUCCGGUGUUGCAUUGUUAUAUAUAUUUUGGGAUGUUAACUAUUUUAUACGAGUUGCAUUUGUUAUGGGAUAUUCAAAAUUAUUUUUACCAAAAAAAAAACCUACAGAUGAAGCUGUUAUUUAUGGAUAUUGUACAACCCAAGAUGUGGAUAUAUUCCUACGUCAUAUGAAUAAUGCAAGAUAUAUACGAGAAUUAGAUUUCGCAAGGUUUCAAUAUUACGAACGAAGUGGUCUAUUUAAAAGUAUUGUUGAACGUGACGGUACAGCGUUGCAAGGUGCAUCAAAUAUUCGAUAUCGAAGAACCAUACCAAUAUUCACUGCCUACAAAAUUAUUACUAAACUAGUAUAUUGGGAUGAAAAAGCUAUGUACUUAGAGCAACAAUUCAUAACAUUAAAUGAUAAUUUUGUACGAGCAAUAGCAUUGAGUAAACAAAAUAUUGUUGGUGUAAAUGUCUGUGAUUUAUUGAAAUCAUUACUUGGUGAUGAAUAUAAAGAUCCAGAAAAGCCAGCAGAAUUGGAUCAUUGGUUGGAAAGUAUAGAAAUAUCUAGCGCCAAAUUAAGAGAAAAGAAAGACGACUGAAAUUUUUUAGUUUAUUUUAA